AUGGCGUGGUCCUUUCUCAAGGCGGCAGUCAAGACUAACAAGGGCUCCAGGGAGCCUGUGGAUCAAGGCCGCGGCAGCGGCAUGGCGGCGCAGCCGAGCAGCACCAGCAGCACCAGCAGCACCAAAAGGGCGACCAAGCACUGCAGCACAACACCGUCCAGCAACACCUCUGCCGCUCUGAAGACACAUAACACCAGCCCCAACGGUUCUGGUCUGGCCAUUAUCACCGCAAACAACCAGAGGCAGAAGGAUGCAACUGUGUCAUGCGUGACAGUCGUCGCGAACAGCAGCCCCCAGAGCAGUUUCGGUUGGCACAGCGGCGAUUGGGGCAGUGGCACCGAGGACACAUCAUCUGCCCAGUCGCCGACGGUGCAGGGCCUGAGCGGCGCUUCCUCCCCCGGCUCGACCACAGUGCCACCGUCACCAUCACAGCCGCAGACCUCCGUGCCAACCCACGCGCAAGUUGAGUUGGAGUUUUGCCUGAGUGGCGCGGCGCAGCUCUUCAACAAGGGCACCCCUCUGGGCAUUGGCGCCCAGGGCGAGGUGCGGCAAGUCAAGUUGCUGGGCCACCACUAUGCGCUGAAGCGCGAGCUGGGCAUCUUCUCAAGUGAAUACGGUGUCGACACCGUCGGAGGCCCCUGGGUGCAGAAAUGCAUCACCAGCGAUGUUGGCAUGAGCCCUGCAGCGCACUACUCGCUCUUCGAGCUGGCGCCCGGCAGCCUGACAGACGCGCUGGAGGGGCACGCCUGGGCCGCCGCCGCCGCCGCCGCUGACAAGAAGAUUGGUGUGAGCGGAGCGCCGGCCGUGGCGGGCCGCCCGUCAGCCAAGCUGUCCCAGCACGCGGCGUCGCCGGAUGCCAAGCCCCAGGUGCCACAGGGCGCCCACACCAAGAGCCCGCCGCUCAAGCGGCUGAUAAACGCGUUUUUCAGGCGCGGCAAGAAGGAAUCUCAGGCCCAGCAGCAGCAGCAGCAGCAGCAGCCGGCCGAGCCCUACCUGCCCAUCCCCGCCGCCAAGGCCCUCGCCGCGGAGCUCAUCACUGCCGUCGGCACCGUCCACGCCGCCGGCAUCGUGCACCGCGACAUCAAGCCCGACAACCUGCUGGUGGCGGCGGACGGCCACCUGAGGCUCUGCAACUUUGGCUGCGCCGCGCCGGCCUCGGAGCCCGCGCUGGGGGAGGGCGGCACGCCGCUCUUCAUGGCGCCAGAGCACUUUGUUGACUUUGACAGCUUCUGGGGCAAACUCAGCUUUGACAUCCGCGUGCUCAUCAAGGAGUUGACGACGCGCCUGGGCUUCAAGCACGACAGCCGCCCCGCCGACAUGUGGGCCAUGGGCGUGACCCUGUCUGCGAUGCUGCUGCCGCUGCCCGAGGUCACCGCGGCGCUGGCCGCCGCGCGCGUCGGCAAGAAGUGGGUACCCGCGCCCGGCUCCGCCGCCGCCGCGCUGCCGGCCGAGCUGCGGGACCUGCUGUUCCGUGGCAUGCUGGCGCGGCGCCCGCGGCGGCGCCUGACGGUGGCGCAGCUCAAGGGCCACGCGUUCUUCGCCGGCGUCGACUGGGCGGCUGUGGAGGCGCGCGCGGCGCCGCUGCCCAUCGACCUUGUAGCGCUCGCGCGGCGCGGCCGCGAGGCCGCCGCGUCCGCCGCCGCUGCCGCCGCGCCCAGCCCGGCGGCUGCCGUUCCCGGCGCCAGCACGUGA